GUUGUUAUUGACGCCAUAUUGGGGCCGGUGGCGGGUGGAAGAGUCGUACCGCGGAGGGGGAAGUGACUGGACGUGUUUGCCGGAGCUCCUGACGCCGCCGCUGCUGCUUUGCAAUCUCCUCUCAUCGCCCGCCGCUCUCAAGCUUCGGACCCCCACUCGGUCAUUUGAGGAGCCACGUUCCAGCCUCACACCUCACGGGGCUGCUAUCGACUGCCGAAGGGAGCCGGUUUCGGCGCAGGAGCGCCUCAGGAGCGGCGCAGAGCUCGAGCGGACGGCGGGGGCGCCCGGAGCCUCUCCCGGGGGAUCCGCGCCUGAGGAGGCGGGAGAGCCCCCCUGACGCGGCUGGCGUGAGCUGGCGACACCGCCCCUCCCGCUCUCGCCGCGCCGGCCCGGGCCCCUGCCCCUGCCGCGGAGGCGGCGGCCUCCCCUCACGCCGGCGCUUCCCCACACGCCUGUCUGCUCUUGAGCCCGCGGGUCAGCCGCGCUCGGAGUCCCCGCUCUCCCCCCUUCCCUCGCCCUCCCCUCCCGUCCCCCCUCUCUACCCCGCCCGAGCCCGGCACUUCGGCGGCUCCGGCCAUGGCGUGCGGGGCCACUCUGAAAAGGACUCUGGAUUUCGACCCGCUGCUGAGCCCGGCGUCCCCGAAGCGGCGGCGAUGUGCGCCAUUGUCGGCGCCCACCUCGGCCGCAGCCUCCCCGUCUUCGGCGGCCGCGGCCACCGCCGCCUGCUUCUCGGCCGCCGCCGCCUCGCCGCAGAAGUACCUCCGAAUGGAGCCGUCCCCCUUCGGCGACGUCUCGUCCCGCCUCACCACAGAACAAAUUCUGUACAACAUAAAACAAGAGUAUAAACGCAUGCAGAAGAGAAGACAUUUAGAAACUAGUUUUCAACAGACGGAUCCAUGUUGUACUUCUGAUGCACAGCCAAAUGCAUUUCUCCUCAGUGGACCAGCUUCGCCAGGGACUUCAUCUGCAACAGCCUCACCUUUAAAAAAAGAACAGCCCUUAUUCACUCUACGGCAGGUUGGGAUGAUCUGUGAACGUUUGUUGAAAGAACGUGAAGAGAAAGUUCGAGAAGAGUAUGAAGAAAUACUGAACACAAAACUUGCAGAGGACAUUUACAAGCCAUGUAAUUCAUAUAUACCUUUAUUUAUAGAACAAUAUGAUGCAUUUGUGAAGUUUACGCAUGAUCAAAUAAUGCGACGAUAUGGAGAACAGCCUGCUAGUUAUGUUUCAUGAAUCACAUUUUCUGCAUUUGUGGGCUGCCUUGUUCCUUGUUGAAUUGUUGCAAGAGGUCCCAAUUAUGACAUGCAGCAAUGCGAAUACCCCCCUGUGAAUACAGGUUAUUUCAAGCUUUCGUCAGUGACAAUUACUCUUAGGCAGCAACUGGUUUUGGAAAUUUCCCUGAUGUCAGUACCACCUGGAUAUGGACCUUUGCUACCUGUAUUAAUACCAGUGGUCUCACUUGCUGUAUCAUUACAAUUUGGCUUCUUAUAUUAAUAUGUUUGAAAGGAUUAGCGCUGGUAUUCUAAGAACAUGCCCUUCACUGGUUAUGUAAAUAAAACUGUAGAAUGACACUUCAGAUGAAGUUAGUGUGAUUUUAAUUGUGCACUACAAGCUGUAACCAGUUAUUAAUAAUUUAGAAUGUAAUCCCAGGACAUUAUUAAGCAAAUAGCCUACAGUGCUUCCUGUGAAAUAGUGAAGGAGAAGGGCAUUUCUUCUCGGGGUUUCAAAAUGGAUUUAUAUGAUUUUCUCUCUCCUUUUUUUUUUGGUAGUUUUUAUUUAUUCUAUCAGUCUUUUUAACAAAUGUUUAUUGCUGCAUUUCCCCCGCCCCCCAGUGUAUCAUUGUUUUACUGCCCUUGUAGUACUGGAAUUUAGUUGGAAGAAUAAAACCUUUACUUCUAAUCUGCUUGUUUUUUAAUGUACAGAUGGGUAGUAUUUGAAUAAAAUCAAUGUUUUAAGUGUAA